AUGGCUUAUACUGCUUAUGGAUUUAAUAUUGAAACUGGAGACACCGUGACAUUGGAAGGGUACGCUGACUCGGACAACCAUUUUGGAUACUCUGUAGGGAUUGCUGGUGACCAGAGUUCUGCAAAUCGCUGGAUAUUAGUUGGGGCACCACGUAGUAAUGACCCAUUGUUGCAGCAGGUACCGAGGCCGGGUGUUGUGUUUGCCUGUACAUUUCCUUCGCAAGGCAAGUCCACCUGCACGAAGCUCAACAUCGACGAGAACAUGGAUGCAGAAAGUUAUACCUUGGAAGGCAAAAGUUACAAUUAUAAUCCCGGAAGGGACCACUCGUGGCUUGGAGGGUCACUCGAUGUCCUGACUUCCGGUUCGGCUGACGUGUUUGCUACAUGCGCACACAAAUGGACGAAUGAGAUAGAUCUCGACUCAAGAGACAUUCUGUAUAUGACCGGGUUUUGUUACGAAGUUCCUUUAGAUUUAAACAUGGCUAAUGUGAGAAAGGUGCCCGUCACAACACCAGAAGGUAGAAUAUAUAAAAGAAUCACAAACACCAACAAUUACAGAUGGCAUUUCGGAUUGGCCGGACUUGGAAUAUCUGUUCACUACGCACGGAAUGGAAAGAACCUGCUUAUGGGCGCUACAGGAUUUUUGGACUGGACUGGUGGAUUUGUUGAUUUGGGAAACGGAGAUACAAAAUACAUGGAUAAUAAAAUAACGAGCACAGAUAUAACCCGACCAUAUCUAGGUUAUGCAUCAACUAGCGGAAAGUAUUUCUCAGACGGAAAGACAUAUUUUGUAUUUGGCGCUCCAAGGGAUGAUAUGAAAGGCGCGAUAACAUUUUUUAGUGCUAACGAGGACAAGCACGUUUAUCAGAACGCUCUAAUAAACUUGAAAGGAAUGGAAUCUGGCAAGGAUUUACCAUUAAAUGCAUAUUUUGGAGCCACAUUGUGUACAAUGGAUGUUAACAAUGACAACAAAGAUGACCUGCUUGUCGGUGCGCCAAUGUAUAGUACCUUAACAAACGACAUCUUCACUGAGGGGAUAGAAAUAGGCAUGGUAUUUGUCUACCUAGGGUCUACUACGAAAAUGAUUUUCAAACCAAACCAUCAGAUCUUAAAGGGAGAGCAGCCAUACGGAAGAUUUGGAAGUGCUAUAGCAAAUCUUGGCGACAUUAAUUCUGAUUCUUUCUCGGAUAUCGCAAUAGGAGCCCCCUACGAGCAGGAUUCCAGAGGAACAGUAUAUAUCUAUAAUGGAUUUAAAGAAGGUGUUUGGCCAGAAUAUUCACAAAAGAUAAUGUCUGCUGAUAUCGACACUGGGUUAAGGGGAUUUGGGAUAUCAAUUUCAUCAAAUCAUGAUGUCAAUUCGGAUGAUGUCAAUGAUAUGGUAGUUGGGUCUUAUCUUUCUGCAAAAGCUGUCGUGUUGUUUGGACAACCUGUGAUCAAUGUAAACAGUGUGCUUAAUGUUGUAGACGAUAACAAUAUAGCAACGGACUUCAUAGAACUAGCUGUGGACAAAAUAAGUUCAGCAAGUGCAUGUUUCAGCUUUACUGAUCGUCGUUGUAGUUCUAUAACUUUGAAUGUGGCCAUCAGUUUAGACGUAGGAUACUCCGCUCAACCCAGAUUAAAGUUUGCAACAAACAAGGAGGCAUCGAUCUCCAGCGUGCUGAGACUGUUACGUGGUGAAGUCAAAUGCACGCCACUUGCGGAAAUGCAAGCAAAGUCAACACAUGAUCUAAUUAGUGAGAUAGAUGUUCAGGCCGAAUAUGUAGCUGAUGAAAUAGUGUGUCCAGGUUUGCCUGUGGGGGCAACAAUAAAUCGUUUUGACGGAAAUAAUCCAAGUGCCACUGCUCUUCAACUCCAACUCCAGAAAAAGUUGAUGUUCCGGAAUGGUUGUCCAAAUAACUUAUGUAGAACAAAUCUCACACUCAUUGCUGAAGCCAACUAUACGGACGUCGAUGGUUUCUUUGUAAUUGGGGACAGAGAUCUUGCCGUCGAUGUUCAGAUCCUCAAAGAAGGCGACUCUGCAUUUGGUUCCGUGUUCUACAUGGCAUUCCCGAAGUAUAUAGGCUACAAGAAGAUGGAAAAGAUAUUUGGUGAAAAAGAUAUUUCAUGUGUAUUGGUCGACAAUGCAAACAACGAGACAGAUACUAACCCAAUGGAUGACGGCGAGACAUCGCUUUUGUCUUGUGUUCUAGGAAACCUGAUGUCAAAUGAUACGGAGCAUCGUUUACGAUUGUAUCUUAGUAUGCCCGAAACAUUCAGUGAUUCUUCGCCUAUGUUAACUUUAUACAUGAACGUGACAACAAUAAGUGAAGAGAAAGAUCCGGCGGAUAACAACCAGACUAUUGCCAUCAGCUUACGUCAUAAUUUAGAAGCUUCGUACACUGUUAUAUCAUCGCAAGAAGUUAUUUACUUGGAGGAAAACAAACAGACAUACAUCAUGGAAAACAUACACGAUUUAGAGAACAGGGGACCAAGUGUUUUGCCAUCGGCCGAGAUAAAUAUCUCAUUUUCACAGUUACAGCAUUCUGGAAAGGCGCUUUUGUAUCUCAACAGUACAGAAAUACGAUGUGAAAAGAACUGUGGUGUUAAAUGUAACAUUAUACAGGACUAUACAACUCCUGUCAUAUACUCGUACAUUAAAGGUCAACUUGUGUCACAGACAGAAGAGCCAUCUACUACGUUUUCGGACGUCCAUAAUAAAGACUGCAGAGAACAAAAUUUUCCCAUGUUAAAGUGA